AUGAUGCGCUCCGUGAUCCCCCUGAUUGUCUCGCUUGGCUCGCUGGCUGCGGCCAUCAACAUCACCAGUCCUGCAGCCAACACCACCUACGCAGCCGGGUCCACUGUGACUGUCAAGUGGACCAGCGUCGAUACCGAUCCCACCAACUUCAGCCUCUACCUCUGGAACUUUGUCUCCUGGCCUCCCACCUAUGUUCCGCUGGCGCUUGACAUCCCAACGGAAGAUCUGUCCCACUCCGUUCAGAUCCCCUGCGACACCAACCCCGAAUGGGGCUACCAGAUCAGCGGCAUCAACGGCACCAAUGUCUACAUCAUCUACGCGCAGGGCGACAAGUUCACCGUCUCCGAGCCCGUCGAGCCCUGCGUCGACCCUGCCCCCGUGCCCACGCCGUCCACCUGCCCCAGCGCUGCGGCGUCUACCGUUUAUGUCACGGUGAGCCCUACCGGUUCCAGCUCCCGUCUUUUCCAUCCAUCUUCCUCCCACGUCUCCUCCUCUCCUGCACCCAGCACCACCACCACUGCAACCUCCAAAUAUGUGAAGCCCGGAAUCGUGCCUAAGACUAUUGGUUGGUGUUCAGACUACUCCCACCCUGUGACCUUGGACAAGGUUCCCACCCCGACUGCGGCCCCGAUGGUGACCCCCGCUCCUGGUGAGGGCAGCGGUGCUCGUGGUCCUCGUGUCAAGACCAUUACUACGACUGUGAGUGUCGAGGCUUGCCCGAUCGACGCGAUGUGA